UACGAAAAAGUGUGUGUGGCCAGCUUAAAACGGAGCGAUUAAACGUACACGUUAUUUAAAUACUUCAACUGUAGCCAUGGCGGAUGUUUUGGACAUCGAUAACGCUGAGGAGUUUGAGGUAGAUGACGAGGGAGAUCAGGGUAUCGCUCGUCUUAAGGAGAAGGCGAAGAAGAGGAAAGGCAGAGGCCAUGGCGCGGAAUUAGUGUCGACGAGAGAUGACGUUGGUCAUUAUGAGUCCAUGAAUGUAGUUGAAGAGGACGACAAUGAGCCUGGCCCUCAGAGAUCUGUGGAAGGAUGGAUCUUGUUCAUAAAUUCAGUACACGAAGAGGCACAGGAGGACGAUAUUCAGGACAAGUUCUCUGAGUUUGGCCAGAUCAAGAACCUGCAUUUAAAUCUGGACAGAAGAACGGGAUUUCUAAAAGGCUACGCAUUGGUGGAAUACGAAACGUUUAAGGAGGCACAAGCUGCAAAAGAGGCUCUAAACGGCACAGAAAUCCUAGGUCAGGCUAUCUCUGUCGAUUGGUGCUUCGUAAAAGGACCAAAGAAAAUCAGGAAAAGAAGUCACAGAAGGCGAUGAGAAUUAUAGAUUAAUAACCAUGAUAUUGUAUCUUCUAUUAUGUAUCGUCAUUUCAAGCAAGACAAGUUAUUUUAUAUUUGAUAAGCAUUUUGUAAAUGUUGGAAAUAACAUAUAAGUUACUCUUUCCAAUGAUUUCUCUCUCGUUAAAUCUAUUUGUAAUCUAUCUAGAUGUAAAGGACUUCAUAUACAUUUAGUUAAUAAAUGGAAGAUCAUGAACUCAGA